AAUGUGGUGUCAAUGUUCAACUUCUUCCGACGUCAUUAGCGACUGGGUUUCUUCCAUGUCGCCUCAUACCGAAAGCCCUCGAUGUUCGGCAGUACCGUCAGAAGGGGCACACGCCAUUCGCGAUUGGCGACACGAAACAGCGCUGUCCAUGCCCGGCCUCGCCAGGACACCUUGCCCCGCCAAGACACCUCGUCUUGCGCUUUCCUCCGAGGGACAUGCGAAUCGAACACGAUCCCACAUCACCAACAGCAACCAGCAUUUGCAGUCUUCCGCCGGGGCUCAUCAGACUGCGCACGUCGCGUUUUACGACGAGAAACGUCAACCAGGGCGUAGAGCAAGAACAGCAAGAGCGGAAAUCAGACGCAGUGCUUCUGGUUACAACUUGAACGGAUGCGCCAUGAGCGCCGUGGACGACGCGACAGAGUGGGAAGACUCCACCGAAGCUAGCGAGACUUUUGUGGAACGUCUUCGGUUUGUCCGCCGCGUGGAUUUGGGUGGUACGGCAGCCGGUCGUUCUCUGAUCAGGAUCAUGUUGGAGCAGUCUAGGGUUGGCAUCAGAGACAAAGGGGCAGACGCGUGCGCGGCAUAGAGAGGAGGGGCCUCAACGCAGUUGUGUGAUGUAAAUUUAAGU